AUGUACAUUGGUACCCAAUGGUUCUAUUCAAUUAUUGGGACUUCAGUUUUUGUCAUUAGCUCAGUAUCGUCGUUGAAGAAUAACACAAAAAUCAGUAUUGUUCGCAAGAUUGAUAGGAAGAAGAAUAUUUUCAAGCUUGUCUACGGUGAAUACAUUGCACUCGAAAAGAUUGAAAACAUAUACGCCAAGCAUCCUAUCGUCGCCCAAUUUUAUCUUCGUGGCGACUCGCUUCAUCACUCGUUGGUUGGCAUUGUAGUCCCUGAUCCAGAAGAACUGGCUGAUUUGAGCCCCUUCUCCAUUGAUAACGGCUUGUUGACUCCUACUCUUAAAGUUAAGCGUCCGCAGGCACGGAAGCACUGUGAAGUACAAAUCGCUGAACUUUAUGAAGAACUGGGUGCGGCCAAUGGUUCGACGGCUGCUACUGCCAGGUUGUAA